AUGGCAGUCGAAUCAGUCCAGCCUAAUCGUGGCGCAACAGUGCCCGAUGUGGUCGCUGUUGGAAAAGAACAAGUCUCACGAGCAGACUGGCUGGCGAAACAAGGAAUCAAUCCCGAUGAUCGUAUUCACCUGAAGAAGUUGUCCCACAUGCGAUAUCAGCAUCCCGAUCUUGAUGAAAUUCAGACCUUUAUGAUCGACUUUGGUAUGCAAAUUGCGAAAAGAACAGACGAUGAGAUUUGGUUCAAAGGAUACGGAUCCGACCAAUACGUCUACUAUGCCCGAAAAGGACCCAAGCAAUUCCUGGGCGGGACCUUUGAAGCACAAAGCCAGGAGGAAUUCGACAGAGCAUCCCGUCUUCCAUCUGCAGGUCCCGUGCAGAGCAUGACCAACGCACCAGGCGGAGGCUCGCUGGUCACCAUUACCGAUCCCGAGGGAUAUCUGUUCAAUGUGGUCUUUGGACAAGAACUAACCAAUGUCGAAGUAUCCCAUCCGGACAAGGUGGUACUCAACUAUACUGGCGAGAAGUCACGACGCCGCGAGUUCAAUCGAUUCGAGCCUGGUCCCGCUGCAGUGCACAAGCUUGGCCAUUUCGGAUAUACGACCCAGAAAUUCGACGACCUCCUCCAUUUCUACACCACAAACUUCAACAUUGUACCAACUGACCUCCUCUACAUCGAGAACGAAGGCCAAAAGAUCUUCGUAACCAUGUUCGCCCACCUCGAUCUCGGCGAUACCCUCGUAGACCACCACUGCAUCUUCUUCAGCGCCAAUCCCGCCAGCUCACAUGUUCACCACUGCUCCUUUGAGGUGCACGACUUCGACACCCAGCAGCUGGGCCAUCAGUGGUUGACGAAGAAAGGGUAUAAGUUGGCGUGGGGUGUUGGUCGGCAUAUUUUGGGCUCACAGAUCUUCGAUUACUGGUGGGAUACCACUGGCAACAUUGUCGAGCAUUAUGCGGAUGGGGAUUUGGUUAAUCAGGAUACGCCGAUUGGGUAUUUCAAGGCGGGCGCUGACUCGUUGGCUGCGUGGGGACCCGAGGUGCCUGCUGCGUUUUUGGAGUAG